UAAAUCAAUGACGAGUUUAAAUUUUUGCGGAAGAGGUCGAAAAGUGUUUAAGGGGGCCGGGGGUAGCGAACGGAGCCGCAAAUGAACCCGGAAGUGGAGUGCACUUUGCGUAAUUUAAGGUGGCUCGAUAACAAAGUCCGGAUAUAAUAGCGAUUAUUCCCCCCCCCCCCGCCCCCCACAAAUGAGAGAGGGCGAUUUAUCGAUGUUUUUUUUUUAAUCACGUUAUUCUUUUCAUACAUCCUCCACCCUUCAUGUACAAGAAAUUGAAGAUAUAUUAAAACGUAAAUGCCACCUGUCUUCCUUAAGUGAGGCGUGUGAUGUGACGUCAUGCAAAGGGGCGCGACUCAGAGAGAGAGAGAGAGAGAGAGAGAGAGAGAGAGAGAGAGAGAGAGAGAGACUUGGUGUGCGCAUGUGCAGACGCUGCAGUGGUGGACCCACACAAACAGAGCGAGAGAGAGAUAUGGCGCGGCACCCGACCGGAGCGCAAGGACAGCUGGCUGGUGGUGGGGGGGCUUGAUUUACAAAGGAAAGAAAUAAUACAAGGCAUUUAAAAGAUAAAUAUUUAUCAAUGAAGAAAGCGUGGAUUUAGAAGACGGAACCGAAGUAGUAAGAUUUUUUUUUUAUUAUAAGAAAAAGAAAAAAGAACAAAAGAAUUUAACUAUUACGACUUUCAGGGGUGGGGGGCGCCAGCUAAGCAGGUCACAUAGAUGGUCGGUUCACAGAGCCGCCCGGACCAUGAAUGCUCAGCUGUCGAUGGAAAAUAUAGGCGACCUGCACGGCCAUGACUCCGUAAGCAGCCACGGGGAGCUGCUGAGCGGCCACAGUCCGCACUCGCGUCCGAGCCCGCGGGGGCUGAGCCACCGCGCCAUGGGUAUGGCAACCCUCCUGGACAACGGAGACUAUCACCACCAUCAUCCGGGACACCUACACCCGGCCAUCAGCAUGUGCGAAGCUCCCGGCAUGAGCGCCAGCAGCACCUACACCACCUUGACCCCCCUGCAGCCUUUGCCCCCCAUCUCCACCGUAUCCGACAAGUUUCCCCCGCACCAUCAUCACCACCACCACCCCUCACACCCGCAUCCCCAUCACCCGCAUCCGCACCAGAGGAUCCCGGGCAACGUCAGCGGCAGCUUCACGCUCAUGCGAGAGGACCGCAGUCUGGCUCCCAUGAACACUCUCUACCCCGCCUACCACCACAAGGACCCCUGCAUGGGCCAGAGUCUAUCCCCGCUGUCCGGCUCCGGUCUUGCGGGUAUCCACACGAGCCAAGCCGGCCUACCACCUUACGCCCACCCGGGCGCCGCCAUGCCCGGGGAGAAGAUGCUGACUCCCAGCGGCUUCGAGGCGCACCAUCCGGCCAUGCUCGGCCGCCACACAGAGCAGCACAUGAGCUCCACGGCGGGGAUGGUGCAGUUGAACGGUCUGCAUCACCAUCCGCACGCCCACCUCGGAGCGCAGGGCCACGGCCAGGGGCUAAGUGGCGGCCGGGAGCAGGCCUCCGCGCUCGGACAGCAAGGAGCCAUCAACGGCGGUGGAGGAGGCGGAGGAGGAGGCCAGAUGGAGGAAGUGAAUACCAAAGAGGUGGCGCAGAGGAUCACCACGGAGCUCAAGCGCUACAGCAUCCCCCAAGCCAUCUUCGCCCAGCGCGUCCUGUGCCGGUCCCAGGGGACCCUGUCCGACCUGCUGAGGAACCCCAAACCCUGGUCCAAGCUCAAGUCCGGCAGAGAGACCUUUCGCCGCAUGUGGAAGUGGCUGCAGGAGCCUGAGUUCCAGCGCAUGAGUGCGCUCAGGCUCGCAGCGUGCAAGCGCAAGGAACAGGACCAUGGCCGCAGCGAACGGGGCAACCCGGCGGCCAAGAAGCCCCGCCUGGUGUUCACGGACGUGCAACGGCGGACCCUCCACGCCAUCUUCAAGGAGAACAAGCGUCCAUCCAAAGAACUGCAGCUGACCAUCGCUCAGCAGCUGGGCCUGGAACUCGCCACGGUCAGCAACUUCUUCAUGAACGCGCGCCGCCGCAGCCUGGACAAGUGGGUCGACGACGGCUCCGGCCACCCGCCCGGCGUCGGCCUCAGCGCCUGCACCAAAGCCUGAAGAAGGACCGGGAGUGCGCUUUUGACCCUUACUCAUGGACUCGACUCGGUGGAAAAGCUUUAAAACUUAAGAGAACCUUACAAAAGACCUCACAUUUUUGCCCUUAAAUCUGUACUACAUUCAUAUUUAUAGUAUCCAAAGAUGAGAGAAAAAAACAAACCAAAGACUUCUUCUUUCUUGUUUGACCUGCUUUGACUUGUUUGUGUUACACACUGCAAAAAGACUACCAUCCCCCCUUUUCUUGUACUCACCUACGCUCACUGGUCUCUAGCUUUACGACAACCCCUGCGUCCCCUUCCCACUGUCGCUAUCUUGACUCCCAAAAUGGAUGUUCUAAUCAGUCUGAUCUGCGGAGCUCCAGUGGGAUUUGGCCAAUCAAUGUUAAAGAAAUUUAAAUCCCACGGGAGCGACUGCUUUUUUUUAAUUUCUAUUUCAUCCCUGCUGACCGCCGGAGGUGGCGCCGAACAGCGCGGACUGACGUCUUUUCCCGGAUCCAUGGAUAGUAAACAGGAGGAAAUCAAUUCCAUCGCGUAGACCGCGAGCCCCAAAUUCCAACCCUGGAUCACGAUGUAGUGCUUUCCUUCCGACGUGCUGAAACGUCGUUUUUAAACCAGAGAAACCAAAGCCUCACUCAUGUAGCCUCCACAAAAAAAAAAAAUGCGAGAGCGGUGCUAUUGACCAAAGAUAUUUUGUAAUUUUUUUUUUUAACCCAGCCACUGCUGCUACAUUCCCAGUCAUACAUCCUCCCAUGUUCUUUAUUCUGUUCAGGGUUACGGCAGGAGCAUAUCCCAGUUGAUUUAGGGCAGUUGCUAUGUGAACCGCUACUCUACCCAUGAAGCACUAUUGGUAAGUCAUCCAUCCAUCUGUUUUGUUGAACUUUUACCAUAUUCAGCUUGUCAGUAGGCGCAUAUCUCAGUUGAUUUAGAGCUGUUCGAAGCUAUGUGAACCACUACACUAGCCAUCUUGCAAUAUUCCUAACCAGUUAUCCAUCUGAAUUUUUUCUUUUGUUUUUUGUUUUUUUUUUGCUGCAGUAACAACAGUGCAACAUAUGUAAUCGUCCAUCAAUUUGGGAGGGUUUAGGGGGCAUGUCAGGUGCUGGUGUCAAGGCACCAUGCAAACCACUAUACUACUAAUAACUCAACACGCUUGAAUUUUCGUCCAUUCAUCCAUCGAUUUUUCUGUAGCGUUCAUCCUGUUUAGGGUCUUAUCGGGUAUUAUAAUGGUAAGAAAUGUGAACCACUACAUUAUUCAUGUUGGUAUGUUCUUAGUCCAUGCAUCCUUCUUUUGCAUUUAUUGUGUUUGGGGUCACAUUAUUUGUACAACAUUCCUAACUUUCCGUGUUUUUUUUUUCCUUUUGGGAGUUUAUUCUGUUCAGGAUCAGGGCAAGAACUGGAGCCUAUUCCAGCUCACAUUUAACCAAAGAAAAAUGUAUGUGAACCACUACACUUAGCAGUGACUUCACACCCGAAAUCACAUUUAAAUCAUUUUAGCGUGACACAAGAGUCAAACUUUUUGCCUUAUGGAUGCCUUGUUAAUCAGUUUUAUCCGCGCAACGAGCGGUGUGGAAUGUUACUGUUAACGCUCGCUGUGAAGGCCAAUCAAAACGUGUUGUCACUGUGAGUCAAAUAUCGUGUGUUGCUUUUAUUUAUUGUAUUGAUUUGCGUGUCCAUCAAACAUGUCAAGUGGACAAGAUCAAUGGUCCAAUCAGGUCCCUUUCCCUUCCCGCAACAAUCCAAAGCCUGGAAAGCUAUGCAUUUCAGCACAAGGAGGAAAGCACUACACAUGGGGAAGCGUAACAUGUUUGAUAAAUUAGCCGGGCCCCUUGUCAUCCUCCUCUUCCUCCUCCUCCUCCUCCUUGUUUUCCUCAAGGCCACAGUUAGCAGCUCUACAUUUAUCAGAAGGAGCAGAAAAAAAAGAUAGAGACGCUUCCUGAACACCCAACCAAACAAUGUGUCACCUGCUGAUGUUUUCUAGCGUGAAACCAAAGAUGCUACCUCACUCAAGUUCCAUAUGUGAUUUCUAUCACUUUGACGAUACCAAAGAUAACCAAAGGUUUGUUGUUGCUUUUUUUUUUUCUUUUUUCAAUGCACGGCCUCUGUGAGUGGUGGUGAAAAUGUUGUAAAACACACACACACACACACACACACACACACACGCACGCGC